AUGCCCAAGGUUGGAUGCCAGCUGGACCGCGGGUCCGAAGCUCCAGCUCCGAGCCAGGUAUCAGCCCCAGUGGCUGCUCGGCUCUGUCGCCCGGGCCUGCAACAUGAGCAUCCCUACUAUGUGCAGUGUGCUGAGGACAACCAGAACCUCCACGUGGUGGUCCAACAUGUUGGGAUCGUCUCAGAGGAGAAUUUCUAUUGCAUCUAUAAGUGAAUCUCCUCGGUGAGCCAGAUCAGCCCAUGUGACUCCCAGUGGGCACUCUGUAUCCACUACAGGCACCACUGCAGGCCCAAAGAUGGGUGGAGCGACUUCCAGACCCACCGCAGUGUGGGCCUUGUCACCAUCACCGACUGCCUCUUGGACAAGACAUUCGAGAAGCUCCACGUGCAGGAGCUGUAUGGCACCAGGCUCUAAGACCCUCAGCUCUUUGCCUUUGGACUGCAUGGGGAGGUGGUCAAGCAGCCGCCCACUGAUGUGGCCUUAACCUACAAGGCCUGCAGAGUGGUGGAGAAGAGUGUCGAGGACAUCAUCGAGUCACUUUACAUCGUGCUCGUGUCCAAGAGCCUGGACGGGGCCCCCGACAAUUCUAGGGACAAGAUCCCCCUCCCCUGCAUCCUGUUUGAGCAGGAGGACUUGGUGGGACUGGACACAGACAGCAGAUAUCACAAAGCUCAGUGUUCUUUGAUGAUUCGGAAGCACCGCAAGGGUUUGUGCCUGCAGGCCGGAAUGCUUCAGGACUCCCUGGAACAUCACCAUUUUCUGGAGCUGCUCCGGUCAGUGAAUGACUUUCUGUGGCUUGGAGCUGACCCUGAGGGGCUGUGUUCAGCCUCUGUCAUCUGUCACUAUCCUGCUGGGACUGAUGGCCAAGCUGGGGCUCAGAGGUUCCAGGGCAGCUUACUUCCUGCCGAGGCAGCCAACAGACAACGCCCAGGCGCCCUCACCUCCAGUGGCAUCCACGCAGACACAAGCACUGACACUGGCCGUGCUCAGAACUGCCUCAGCCCUGAAGAAACAACUGACAAAUAGAAGGGGGCCACGCCCUGUUACAGCAGGAUCUGAGGAGCAGGAGCAAGGAACUCAGGGAGAGAUCCAGGAAGACUUCCGACUGUGUUAAGAGAGGACAGACACAAUGACACGGGGAGUGAGGACUAUCGCAGCUAGGUAAAAUGACUUCACAACUAUUGCACAGAGCUGCAGGUGUGAGAGAGCCUAAGCCUGUCUCAGAGU